UUGGUCAAGUACAAUGUAUAUAAAUAAUAAUGUUCAUAUUUUAAAUAUCCACUUUUGAAAUAUCAAUUUAUUGGCUAUUAGUUUCUCAGUGUGAUCAUUCAGGUGCAAAUUAUUGUUCCGACCGCCGCUGAAGCAGCGCAUAGACACGUGGUAACAGUUACUUUUCUCCGCGAUGGUCAGGAUGGACCAAUCACAGUCGAAUGUAAUUACUGGUAUGGCGUUUCUAAAGUAAUUUUAUAGAAACUACUGUGGCUGACUUUUCUGUUUGUUUGUCAGAUAAUAAUCAUUGAUGUGAGCUUGUUUAUACUUUUAUACUUCAUAGUGUACAUGAAUCGUUAAUAACUAAAAAAAAAAAAGGUUCACGGGUUUGAAUGUUACUCAAUGGGCGAUUGUGCUUUUUGAGCCACCAAACACCCCUCAGAGGUUAUUAGUAACAUUUGUCGUCGCAUGGUUCGUGUGGUGCGUGCAAUUUUGUCUCAGCGCCGAUGGCAGCGCACCCGUCUUCCAUUGGCUCAUAACAGAAACUGAGUGAAUGAAACAAAUACAGAUUUCAUCUUCUGCUCCACUUCUACACAAUCUGUGACAUAAGGCAGCGCAACAUACGCAGCUGUGCAGCAAGACAUUUAACCCUCAAUGAUUGUGCGGCAGCUGAUGUGUAGGGGUUUGACCUCUCACCUGUGUGCGGCAGUCAGACUGAACUGGAACUCUCCAAAGAUGGCCAGACCCAGCUCAAAUUUAACAAAAUUUCGUGAGGAGUUUGCUAAAGCGAAGCACAUUGCUAUCAUUACGGGGGCUGGAGUGAGUGCAGAGAGUGGUGUACCAACCUUUAGAGGACAGGGGGGCUACUGGAGGAAAUGGCAGGCGCAGGAUUUGGCAACCCCUGAAGCUUUCUCUCGAGAUCCUUCAUUAGUAUGGGAAUUUUACCAUUACAGGCGUGAGGUAAUGCGCAGUAAGAUGCCGAACCCAGCACAUCUGGCGAUAGCGGAGUGUGAGUCCCGUCUCAGCCAGCAGGGGCGCUCUGUUGUGAUCAUCACUCAGAACAUCGAUGAACUGCACCAUCGUGCUGGCUCCAAACAUGUCUAUGAGAUCCAUGGUAGUCUAUUUAAAACUCGCUGCAUGAGCUGUGGAGAAGUCAAAGCCAACCACAAGAGUCCAAUCUGCCCUGCUCUGGAGGGGAAAGGAGAGCCUGACCCCAAAGCCAAGGAUGCCAGAAUACCAGUAGAGCAUCUGCCCAGGUGUGAAAGGAGGGGCUGUAACGGCUUGCUGAGGCCUCAUGUGGUUUGGUUCGGAGAGACUUUAGAUUCAGAUAUUCUCACUGCUGUGGAGCAGGAGCUGGAAAAGUGUGAUCUCUGCUUAGUGGUGGGGACCUCCUCCAUAGUUUACCCAGCGGCCAUGUUUGCUCCUCAGGUGGCGGGUAGAGGAGUGCCUGUAGCUGAAUUCAACAUGGAGUGCACACCUGCUACUGAGAGCUUUAAAUAUCACUUUGAGGGUCCUUGUUGCACCACACUGCCUCCCGCCCUGGAACAGCACAAGAGCGAGGCCAUAUAAGGAGAAAGAAGGCAUGACCCAUCCGUUCAUGCCCACUGCAUUUAGCACUUUAACUGAGAGCACAUGAACACGCGCUGGGAUUGGUUCAUGCCUUCAUGUGAUUGGUUUUCCUAUGUGUGCUGUGCUCAUCUAUGAAGAUUUACAGCAAAAUUUGGCUGAAAUUAAAUUUUAAAUAAUGUCUUUGCUUGGCCUAUGUGGCAGCAGUUUUGUGAAAGUUGUGUUUUUUAGGUUCUUAGUAAAUUUGUUCCAGUUGAGUAACUUCUGGGUAGAUCGUUUACGGUCUUCCCACAGUCUUGGACAACCUGGAAAAAAAUUAAUUUUAUAAUUGUAAUUUACAGGAAAAGUCAUGGAAAUUGAUAGUCUUGAAAACUUAUGGAAAGUUCUGUCAUGAGUAAAUCCGCUGUAUCAUGAUCCACUGUAAAAUAUUUAAUCAUCUAGAAAUAACUGGUUAGAAAAAUCAUGGAAAUUCGUUGGUCAAAUGUUGUGGGAACCCUGAAAGUAGGACUAGAGACCAGUGAAAUGCAUUUAUUUUGAUUUAAAUGACCAUAAAAUAAAGUAUUCAAGGGCACAUGAGCCUGAUGAUUGA